UAGCCGUCUCUCCAGAGGUCCACAGUAUUCCCUCCCUGCACAAGCACAAAAAGCCUGUUGGCAGUAAAGCACUGGCCAAUAAACUGUCCACCCUGUUCUGCUGGCAGUGCAGAGCUGUGAUCUGCAGGGAAGUGCUGGCAUUCUCAGGAGACUAGGGACGAUGCUGGCCCCCAGCCCUCUGGCUGGAAGGACUCCAGGUCUGUCUUCCUGUGUUGCCUGUCCCAGAGACAGUGGCAAUAGUGAGGCACGUCACCAGUAGCCUUUCUACAGCCUCCAGCUGCCUGACCAUCCCGAGCAGAUAGGGAGCAGGCAGAUAGGGAGCAGAUGGAGGCUGAAAUGAGCCCAAAGGACUGUCUGGAAGGAAUUACUUGCUCCCAGUAUUUUCUGUUUCUUUGCCAGCCUUUUAUUCUCAUGGCUGCUCUUUUCCUGAUCCUGUCCUUCUGCAAGGCUUGCUGCUGACAGCCUUGUCAGCCUUGUCUUCAGAAACAACUUCACUCUGUGAUUUAUUGUGUCUCUGAGCUUUGACCUGGGGGCCUGAUGCUGCAGGAGCCCAUGUCCAGUGGGUAAGUGCUCAAAGGAUGUUUGGUCUGUGCCCCAUUUUGUCUGUAAGGGUAAUGAACCAGAGCAAAGGAAGCUGCCUGGAAUCAUUACGGUUGGAAAAGAUCACCAAGUCCAACCAUCAGUCCAACACCACUGCCUACUAAACCUACUAAGAUGUCCCAGAGUGCCACAUCUAAACAUUAUUUGAACAUCUCCAGGAAGGGAGCCUCCUCCAUUUCCCUGGGUAGCGUAUUCCAGUGCUUCACCACUUUCAGUAGAGAAAUUUUUCCUAAUAUCCAAUCUAAAGCUCCCCUGGUGCAACUUGAGUCCAUUUUCUCUCUUCCUAUCACUGGUGACUUCAGAGAAGAGACCAGCACCCACCUUGCUUGUAGCCAUAGUGUCUGGACAGAGCUGACCUGCAGAGGUAGCUACAUUUGCCUUCCCAGCCGGCAGAGGCUGGGAGGAUGUCCAGACUCCCCAGAUGCAUUUAUGCAGGUUUUCCAGGUAUAGGACAUUUCCACAAGCUUGUGUUAGGCUCAAGUUGCUCCUCUCAGCCUUUCCCUUGGGCUUGUUUUGUUGGUGCUGGGCUGUCAUCUUUCUCAGAGCCCUGUGGGCUCUCCCUUCACAGCACAAGUCCCCUUGUUACUCAAUAGGAUCCUGGGCACUCUUGCGUUACUUGGCUAUCCCUGUUAAAACACCCACAUGGAGAGCAGCAGGGUCUGGUGGUCUGAGCCAUGAGGCCCCUGGGGUCCAUUCCCAGCUGCAUGGGUUUAUCGCUGUGUGACCAGGGUUAGGCUGGUUCCUGGUAGUCCAGAGAUGGUCUCUUGAGUAUCUUGCAGGCUUCAUCUCCCUGGGAAGGGUGAGUUAUGGUGGACACUUGUGUCGCUAAUAGCACAGCUGCCACAAGGGUUGACGGUGUUUUGGACCCAGUUGCUAUGGUUAAGCUAUUUUCUGUGGACUCCGAGGUUUGUGUAUUCCCACAGAAAGCAGCGCAGCAAAACACAGGCUGUGGUGAGCAGGGUUUGCAUGGGAGCCUUUGCAUCUUGCAGGGACUGAUGUGGGGUCUCAUGUCCUGUGGAGAAGGGUUGUUUAGGGAUGCGGCUGCUGUGUCUUGAAGUGGUCUCUGUUCACUAUUGCUUUUGUGAUGACAAAGGAUGGUGUUAUGGUGGUGCCCCAGCAGUGUGUAGUCUCUGCAGGCUGCAUGUGCUGGAUAGCCCUGAAGGCAGGUCCUCACUGGCCUCCUCUUGAUGUGAAGCACCAGCUGAGCCUAGGCUUCCUCCAUCUCCAUGCAAUACCCAGGUGCCAGGUGGAUUCCCACUUCCAUCCCAAUGACAUCCCUGGACAUGUGCAUUGCUUGGAGCCCUGCAGGAGCCUCGCCUCCAUGGAGGGGGUGGCGGAUGCACCAGGUAGAGGGCUCUGGAGACCCUGCAAGUGGUUCAAAGUGUGUAGACAGGGAGGUUUGCUGGUUUCAGGGGAUGAAAUAGCAGCUAGGCUGUGUUUCACUGCAGUCAGAUAGGGCGGUCCCUUUACCCUCUGAUUUCCCUUCUGAGGGGCUUAUGCACACGUGUGUUUGCCUUUGUUAUGGGCAGUAGUGUGAGUGUUUAGGUGACAGCUACCACACCUUUUUCCUGAUGCCAGCAGAGUGGUUCUCUGUCACCUUCAGUCCCACGGGAAGGUGAGACUUCCCUUUUUCCUGACAAACCACAGGACAUUGAAUCCUUGAUGGAAAUCGUCCUUCCCUGCAGUUGCCCUGGAUGUGUUCAGCUCUUUACAAUUGAGGAUGUACAAAGCCUCACCCUUAUGGCCUGAGUCCCUGCCCAGCCCAUCUCCAUGUUCUGGCCUGCACUAGGCUUGAGACUUCCUAAAUCGCAGCUGGAAGGGGUGAGUUGGAUGGAUGUGCAUGGCCAUCUGUGUGUGUGUGGUAUCUCCUCCCCCAGUGCCACGUAGAUGUCUAGCACAGGGAGUGGAAAAGAUGCUGAAUGUCCCUGCAGCUGCUGCAGCCUUAUCUGCAGGCUGCAGCUUGGUAACACUGAGCCAGAGGCUCGAGUGCCUGUGCCCAAGCACCUCCCUUGAAGGGCUCUUACGGUAAAAGGAAGUGUAUUGCAAGAGGGCUUGUGGUGGGGACAGGCAGUUCCCACGGGGUAAAUGCUGUGUGUACAAUCCUUGCUGCCCUCCCAACUGCAGGCACUUCACCUGCUGCCUCUUCCUACAUGUAGCUUUGAGCCCUGUGGCCAAAGCUGCCUGGGAUAAUGCAGCAUCCCCAGGACCUUUGCCACUGCUCUGCAGUUCCCUGGUGAAUGUAUAGGAAGGCUGCAGCCCGGCAUGUGGUACAGCUGCUGCAUCACCCAGACAGGGACCCUUCCUCACCCACCAUCCUGCUCUGUGGCCACCAGAGUGAAACCACGGUCUGUUAAUCCUGGGUUCCCCUUGGAUGUACUAAUAAGAAUGAAACCAGCAGCCAUCAAAGCUGCAGUGCCGGUGGAUUAUGACUGCAGGGGAGCUGUGUUGUGUCUGAAAAUCUUCCUUGUGCAUCAAGGGCACAUCUGAGCAGAGCCGCUGUGGAAAUUGAAGAGCUGGAGAGGACAGUGCAGAGGUUCAGAGGCACACUGUGAUGGUGGGAGCCAUUCCACGGCAGCCACGCCGCUUCUGGGGGGUGCCUGGCUGGCAGGUGUCUUCAGCUAGUUGUGCCAACGACUGCCCACUGCGGGACAGGAAAGUUAAUCCGAAGCAAAGCAGGGUUCUGCUGCAGAGGGAUGCUGUGCUGCAGUGCACCCCGUAACGGAGGGUUUAUACGGACAUCCUGAGUAUCCAGCUCCCAGCCCCUACCCUCACAUCUGACCUGUGGCACUUUACAGUCCUCCUCCUGCUGCUGUAUGGGCUAUUCUGACUUUGGCUCCACGCGGAGUCCAAGAAAGUAAGGCUCCAUGCGGCACAUCCACGCGGAGACAUCCCUGCCCCCGGAGCACAGCACAGACCCCAGCCUGUCCCAAUCCAGUGGAGAGGCGCCCUUGGAGCCUCCCUCACAGCGCUGCACCCACCGCAGCAUCCUCAUGGGCUACAACGAGACAGAGAUCAAGCGUCAGAAGGUUUACCAGGUCUCUAUCUUCUCCCACCUCUCCAGCUCCUCUGAGAGCACAGAGCAGCGGGCAGGCAGCCGACAAGCCACCAAGAGGAGUUACCCCGAGCAGCGAAGUCCAGAGGUGGGGCGAGACCCCAGACGAACUCACUGGGUUGGUGGGGGAGUGGAUGGCAAGCGUGAUGGAGGCCCUGGGCAGGCUCCCUUGGAUGAUGAUGAUACCUUUGAGGAUGGUCUGCUAGUGGAGGAGCUAUCUCUGUACAGCUCUGCCCAGCACUUCUCCCACAGCGGGCUGCAGGUGGUGGAGCACCGCUGUGAGAUCAGCCCUAGCCACAGCCCCAAAGCCAGCAGAGAGGACAAGUCCCAAGAUGUCAUCUCCUCCUCCUGGCCCCAGCACAUUGCUUGCAGUACUUUGCACACAAGAGACAGUUCCACUGUCUCAUCAGGGGAUCAGCCGACAGACUAUGGGGAGCGGGCAGGUGGCCACAACUUACUUCACCUUGAUUUGCACAAUAUUGCACAAACAGACCAGUUGGACUCUGGUGGGAAGAGAGAGAAGCCAGUGAGCACCCUAGCACACAGCAGCAGGGCUAGCAGCGAAGAGGAAUGGCCAGCAGUCGCCAACGGGUGCAAGGAGCCCCCAGCUCCACAGACAGCGCUCAGCCCUGAGCCCAGCAACCUGAGUUCCUUGGAGAAGACUCCCUGCGGGAGCAGCCAGCUCAGCAACAGCAACUGUCCAGCCAAAAGAAAGCUGCUGCCUGCUGGUGAGGUUAUGGCCGACUCCUGCUCUGAGGAUGAAAGCCUGUCUCCACCGGCAAGAAAGAAGAGGGUCCUGCCAUGCCAUCCAGUGCCCACAGCCUGCCGCAGCACUGAUGCCAAGGGGGCUCCAUUCUGGAAUCACCUGCUUCCUACCACCAAGAGCUCGGCAGAUUGCACUGUGGUCGGGAGGAGGCUGAAGAGCGACUUGCGCCUCAAAUCGCGACAUCUCCGGAGGAGUACAAGGUCUUCCACAGUUCCCUGGGGCACUACCACCGUCAGCCAUGCUCUGCUGGGCAACUUUGAGGAGUCCAUCCUGAAAGGGCGCUUUGCACCAUCAGGGAGGAUUGAGGGGUUCACAGCGGAGAUUGGUGCCAGUGGCUCCUACUGCCCUCAGCAUGCCACCCUCCCCGUUGACGUCACCUAUUUUGACAUUUCUGAACACAGCGUACCCUCGCCUUUUCUGGGAGUGAUUGACUUGGAGGCCUUGGGAAAGAAGGGUUACAGUGUCCCCAAAGCUGGAACCAUCCAAGUGACCUUAUUUAACCCCAAUAAGACUGUGGUGAAGAUGUUCUUGGUGACAUACGACUUCCAGGACAUGCCGGCCAACCACAUGACCUUCUUACGCCAUCGCAUCUUCCUGGUGCCCGUGGGGGAGAAGGAAGGGGCCAUUGUGGAUCCCAGCGACCCACCAGGCUCUGGACCACCUCGCAGAGUCCUCUGCUACCUGAUGCACCUAAGGUUUCACAGCUCCAAGUCGGGGAAGAUCUACCUUCAUGAUGACAUCCGGCUGCUUUUCUCUCGCAAGUCGAUUGAGGUCGACUCGGGAAUCCCUUACGAACUGAAAUCUUUCACGGAGAUGCCAAGGAACCCUUGCUACUCACCCCGGGCCUGACCUUCUCCAUCCCCCAAGGCCCACCAGGGAGCCUCCAGCCCAGCACUUUGGGGAUAGAUGAGUACAGGGACAGCAAGCAAGCACCGUUUUGAAGUAUUGCCCACCUUGUGUGCUCUCGUCCUCCUGAGCAGCGCAAAAGCUGUGCCUGUGCCCUGCGGCAAGGCUGGGAUCACUGAGGGGGCGUCACCAGGAGAGGCAGAGCUGGGGACCAGCCCUGGUACUCCAGUCAUGCCCAGCCUUCUGCCAGCGCUGCUUCCAGCUCGGAGACUUGGCUGGAGAUGGGGAUGGGGAGUGGAGAGUUAAGUGAGAGCUCCAGGUGAGGCUGAUCCCAGGACUGGAAGCAGAAAGUGCAGAAGAGUUUGUAUUUAUUAGUAUUUAUUGUUGCCAUGAGUGCAGAUGAGGCUUGUGUGGAGGAUUGGAGGUGCUGUGCUGUUCUUCCCUGCACUCUGUUGGUGCUGGAUGAGGCCCCUGGCAGCAUGGGGCUGCCCAGGUUGGGACAGGGCUGUGGGGAUUGCGAGGGUGGCAGGGGAUGGGUCCAACUUGGGACUGCGGAGUAGAGCAGUCCUCGCGCUGGGGUGGUAUUAAAAGCCCUGGGAGAGGCCAAGACUUGCUGGACACCAGCUCUAUGGGACCGGCCCUGCCUGGGGUGGCUGGACUUGUCCUUCUACCCUCUUAAGGGCAAGCCAGACCCCAGGAAGUCUGCGACUGGCAGGGAAGCAGCCAUUGCUGGGGUUCUGGGGGCAGGAGCUGUGGCUGGGGCAGAUGGGGGACUGGGGACAGCUGCAGGAUCAUGGGGAUAGCCCUCCCAGCAGGAGCAUGGGGAUAGCCCUCCCAGCAGGACCCUGUGGAAUCCCACCUGUGUUGUGGAUGAGAGAGAAGGUGCAGAUUGCCAAAAAUUCAGAGCCUUGCCCUGUGUGCAUGGGGUGAACCUAAUCCUCUAGGGGCCGGCUGGUGUGUUGAGCUGUAGGUGAGGGGAGCCCUGUGAGUCCCUGAGAAGACGGGAAGCAGCGGAGGACAUCAAACAGGGGUCAGUCGACCUUCUGGUGGGGUUUGGGGUGAGCUGAAGAGGGGCCUGGCCGCUUCAGGGUGGCCUUGUCCUUACUGAGGCAGGAAGGGGGGGAUGAGGUCCUGCUUCCAGCGGGUUGAGGGGCUCUGACCCUUGUGGGGGUGCGCUCCCACCUUCCACACACACUGGAGCCUGCUCCCUCCAAACACAGGGGCACUGCUUCCCAAAAAAACCACUAGCGGUCUGCCCAUGCACCCACCCAAGAUCUGCCCCUCCCCCCCCACUGGGGGCCUGACCCCAUGCUCCCUCCUCCCCCAGGACCUGACCUUCAUCGCCUGCCUCUGAACCUCCCCACCCCCGAGCUCCUGACCCCCUACACAAUGAGGGUCUGCCCAGCUGCCCCCUAGAGGUCUGUCCCCCCCCCAACAUCAGGGGGCUCUUUCCCACCUGCCCAGGACCUGCCCCCUUACACAAUGGGGAUCUGUCCUCCCACCCUUCUCCCCCCCAGGGUUCUGCUCACCACAAACACUGGGGUGCACCCCCACAUACACACACGAGGGGGACCUGCAUCCAUCUUCCUGCCCUCCUACACACUGGGUGUCUGCCCUGCCCCACCACCCCCAGGGGGGCUGCAACCCCACACCUGGGGUCUCCUCCCCCAGGACUGCCCCCCUAUACAAUGGGGAUCUGCCCUUUCCCCCAGAGCUUCUGCCCAUGUCUCCUCCUACUAGGUGGGCCUGCAACCCCCCAGCACCUGUCCCCUUACACCGGGGGGUGCUGCACACUCCCACCCAGGGUUCUUUGUCUCCUCCUUCCCCAGGAGUUCUCCCUCUGCCAGGACUUGGCCCCCUACAUAUUGGGGGUCUGCCCCACACACACAUCAGGGGGGUCUGCACCCCCUGCCCCCCCAGUCGCUCUCCCUUCCCCUCAAGGACUUGCCCUCCCGACCCGGAGGGGGUGUCUACAACCCCACAAUGGGGGCUCCCCUCUUUCUGCCCCCCAGCACCUGCCCCCCUACACACUGGGGGUCUGCCCUAUCUUCCCCCUCGGGGCCUGCCCCACACACACCAGGGGGGCUGCAGCCCCACACACUGGGGGUCUCCCCGUUCCCACUCCCCGCUCCCAGCCUGCUUCCCCCCGGGGCCUGACACCCACCCCCAGGGCUCCUCCAACCCGCUCCCCCCCGCACACCGGGGACCCCCCCUCCCUCCUCUUCUCGGGCUUCGCCGGGCGCCGCUCGCCGCGUUCCCGGGCGGGGAGGGGCGUGUGAGGCCGCACCGGUACUUUUCGUGUUUGUUUCUAAUU